AUGGACGCGUCAACGGGAGCAGGAGGUCCCUUGAGCUUUCAUUUAUCCGAAGACGGUCUAUAUGCUAGCCAUGUAAGCGGCAAGGCCCUGGUUGUUCACUCAAAAGCGGCCUCGGAGCACAAGGAAGUCCAGAUCGCAAGGAUCAAAGAGACUGCGCUCAAAUUUCUCAAAUAUUCUCGUUCACAAAUCAAACCUGGUGCUAUGACUGAAGAGGAUUUAUCCCGUCGGCGUCUUCUAUCCGCGAACGAUAGCAGAAUUUCAGUCUGGCAGCUCAACCCACUAGAGAUACUUGCCGAAAUCGAAAAUGUCGAGCCUGGCUCAUUAGCCGUGGAGUUUGGUGCUGAUGAGAAUGAAGUGCUAGUGUUUCACUGCUGGAACACCAAGCUGAGCAUCUACUCACUAGACACGGGCCGCAGUUCGGUGAUUAAAUCACCAAAACUCGCCCAUCAUCUUGGCUUUGGCUAUCGACUUAAAACCAAACAGCUAGCCAUUCUCCUCAAGCCAGAAACUUCCGAUAUCUUGACUGUCCAUGAACCCCGAUCUUACGAACUUCUCAACCGAACUGUGCUUCCCACUAUCGAUGCACAGGGUUUAAAAUGGAGCCCGGAUGGGAAAUGGAUUGCUGUCUGGGAUAUUGCUAGUGCAGGCACAAAGGUGCUGAUCUUCACAGCUGACGGUCAGCUUUUCAGAACCUACUCCGAGCCAUCUGGAGUGGACGACACUUUCGAUUUGGGAGUCAAACAGAUCGAAUGGAGCUCUUCUAAUCCCCAAACUGGUGUUUGUGAAACACUAGCUGUUGGCAAAGUAAAUGGCAAUAUUGACUUGCUCCGAGCCCGCACCUUCUCUUCCGCUACAACCCUCUCGCACAUCUUCCCACUCGACCAGCAAGCCCCCACUAUGUGGCGGGAGAGAUACAUCAACGCAGAUGGUGAUGCCGAAUACGCCGAGGCAUCAAGCUCCUCUGCACUCAGCAUGAGUCCGGAGUCGGCAGGGUCACCACGCGGUGUCUUGGUCAUGGCUUUCAGCCCUGACGGGCAUCUUCUAGCGACUGUCGAUACGAUGCGGCAGAAUGUCGUUUGGAUCUGGUCCCUCGAGGUUACUCCAAAACUCGCAUCUGCUCUAGUUCACGAGCAGCCUGUUCGCCAGGUUGUCUGGCAUCCUUCGACGCCACAACUCUUGAUCAAUACCAUCACGAAUACUCUACCUGCUAUUCGAUGGUGGUCACCACAGGAUCAUCCUGUUAUUGCUCGUGUUCCCGUUGACCGGAGCGAAAGUGGGAAGUAUGAUGUGAGGUGGGAAGGUUCUGACGCUGAUUCAGCGUUCUGGUUUGGGUCUGCAGAGGAAUAUGCCAUUGGCUACCUGUCUGCUGGGGACAAUGGUGUUGAGUUCGAAUUGCUGAAUUCAGUGAGCAGCAAAUCUGGAGGUUGUGGAGCCAGCUUAAGCCGGUAG